AUGAAAGAGAAUUUAAAAGAAGAUGAUGAUUCUACAUUAGACACAUCAAAUAAUGUGAUUCUUGAAAGAACAAAUAAUGAUUCUAAAGUUGAACGAUCAUUUACAAUACAGAAUAAUAAGAAUAGGUUUGUUCGUCUUUUGCCUGUUUUCUUUAUUUUUAUUGUAUUACUAGGAAUAUAUUUAAUAUAUAUAAUGUAUCACUGUUUACCUUUAAUUUAUAAGGAUUACAAAAAGGUUUACUUGAAAUAUGACUUGAAGAGGGGGGUGAUCGACAUAGGAAUUUUUCAUUUUUGUUUAGUUAUGUAUUUAAUUAAUUAUAUUUUAUCUAUUAUAGUAUCACCUGGAUCUAUUCCAGAUACUGAAGAAUGGUGUUUAAAUGAUUUUCAAGAAAAUAAUAAUAUAAAUAUGGAGAAUAUUUUAUUAGAAAAGAAAAAAUCAGGAGAACGAAGACAUUGUAAAUGGUGUUGUAAAUAUAAACCUGAUCGAACUCAUCAUUGUCGUGUAUGUAAAACAUGUAUUUUAAAAAUGGAUCAUCAUUGUCCUUGGAUUUAUAAUUGUGUUGGUUAUAAUAAUCAUAAAUAUUUUAUGUUAUCUUUAAUAUACUGUUCAAUAACUACAGUAUUUGUAUCAAUUACCAUGUUUACCUCUGUUAGGGAUGCAAUAAAAAAUGGGGAGACACCUUUUAACGAAAUGUUUUUACUUUUAUUUGGAGAAACAUUAAAUUCGUUCUUAUCUCUUAUAGUAACAUGUUUCUUAUUCUUUCACAUAUGGCUUUUGAUUAAUGGUAUGACAACAAUCGAAUUUUGUGAGAAGCAAACGAACUACCAAAAUCAGUCCUACUCGAAAUAUUAUAAUAAAGGUUUGUAUAAGAAUUUUAAGGACGUUUUUGGAGAAUCACCUUUCUUGUGGUUUUUACCAAUAGAUAAUCGAAAAGGGGAUGGUAUUUAUUUUAUGAAAGGUUAUAUUAAAGAAUAUUCAGAAAAAUCAAUAGAAGAAAUUAUUCCAAUAAAGACAAAUAUAUAA